AUGCCUUCCCGAGUCUCGAUCCUGAAGGCGCGGUGCUCAUCGCUAGCCAUUCGACCGAAGAGUCUACCGAAGAACCGAUGGAGCAGUAUCGGUAGUCGUGCAUAUGCUGCGCCUGCAGGCUUUCACCAUCAACGCAGAAUGGCAAGCGAUGAUGCAAAGAAUCCAAAGAAAACGCAAGCUUCAGAAGAUUUCAAGGGGCCGACCCAGGAUGCGUUGCCGCAUAUUACGGAAGAAACGGCUGCUAUGGAUAAGAUUCUAGGAGAGACGCCGCCAGACAUCGAGCAGGGGACACCGGUGCAAGAGAUUCUCAAACGUGACAAAGAAGCUCAGAAAAACGCCCCCAAAGUGCUCAAAGACAGCAUUAACGCCGAAACCAAUAGCUCUGGCAAACCUCCGGGGUCAAGAUCAUUUUCGACUUUUUCUGCUUCUCGAUUUGGGUCCCGAUCAUUCUCAACCAUUGCAAGACGCAAUGCAGAAGCUACAGCAGAACUUGUCCGAUUCGAAGAUACCAGAGCAGUAGGCCUCGAGUACCCCGACGCCGGCUUCGGUCACAAAUUCCCUUUGCCGGAUAUCACCAAAUUUCCAAAGACGAACCACAUCAAGAAACGGUACGACGAGGUGUUGGAGCAAGUUACGCGGAGUAUUAUGCGACAUGGGAAAUUGAGUCGGGCGCAAAAGAAUAUGGACGAAAUCCUCGACAAUCUCCGCAAAGCCCCCGUUCCCUCCGCAGGAGAACAUGGCUUGCUUACCGAUCUCCCGCGUGACGAGCUUCCUCUCUCGCCUGUUCAGUAUUUGACUGCCAUUAUUGACUCUGUGGCCCCUCUUGUGCGAAUCCGACAGUUGAGAGGUUUGAUGGGUGGCGGUGCGUCUAUGCCUGUGCCUGUUCCUUUGAAUCGACGGCAACGACGUCGGGCGGCCAUUCAGUGGAUUCUUGCUGGUGCCGAGAACAGACGGGAAACCAGACUUGCAGAACGUGUAUCAAAGGAACUUAUUGCCGUGGCUGAGGGGAGAGGGUCGGCAUGGGAACGGAGACAGAGGGUGCACAAGAUGGCUAUUAGCACUAGAGCCAAUGUCAAGACUAUGUUGCAAGGACCGAGGAAGAGGGGAGGUGGGAAAUAA